CCAUCUCACAUUUUCUUCCCCACAGUGUAUUCCCCUGUUUCCUCCAUUGCCGCCAUAAACAAUGCAGCUCAGAGCUCUAACCCACCCUUCUUCCUCUCACACUGCAUCAUCAAUUCCCCUUCCUGCAAGCCCGAAACGCCUCCACUCUCUCCCUCAGCAGCUACUCCUCACAUCCCGCAAUCCAUCCCGCUCUUCCCCGCUCCGUCUUGCGUCAUUACCACAAAUAACCCCCAAGAACCGCCACUGGAGCUUCCUCCCUCCUCCCUCCUGCAUCGCCUCGGACCAGCAAGACCUCAUCGACGACCGCCCUGCUGAAAUCCCCAUCAAGAAUGCGGAGAAUGGGGCGCCAAUAUCAGCGCCGACAGAGCAGGGAGCGGCGGCAUUGAGCAAGAAGAGAGAGGACCUGGCAAAUAGGAGCUUAUGGGAUCAGAUCAAGGAGAUUGUCAUGUUCUCGGGGCCCGCGACGGGGCUGUGGAUCUGCGCGCCGCUGAUGAGCCUCAUCUCGACCGCCGUGAUCGGCCAGGGGAGCUCAACGGAACUCGCUGCUCUAGGUCCCGGGACGGUCUUUUGUGACAACAUGAAUCUUUUGUUUAUGUUCCUCUCCAUUGCUACUUCAAAUAUGGUUGCCACUUCGCUCGCUAAAGGAGACAAGAAUGAUGUGCAGCACCAAAUAUCAAUCCUGCUGUUUAUCGGAUUGACCUGCGGCACCUUGAUGCUCUUGUUCACGCAGUUCCUUGGUUUCCAGGCACUCACCGCUUUUGCCGGGGCCAAGAACGCACACAUUAUACCUGCAGCCACUAAAUAUGUUCAGAUUCGUGGUCUAGCAUGGCCAGCAAUUCUCUAUGGAUUGGUUGCUCAGAGUUCAAGCCUUGGCAUGAAGGACUCCAUGGGCCCCUUGAAGUCCCUUUUAGUUGCUAGUACAGUGAACGGUCUCGGCCACUUAGUCCUAUGCAGCAUGUUAGGCUACGGCAUAGUUGGAGCGGCAUGGGCAACACUGGCUUCCCAGAUUGUUGCAGCAUACAUGAUGAUUCAAGCCCUGAACAAGAAAGGGUUCAACAGCUUUGCCGUCUCUGUCCCAUCAGCUAGCGAAUUUCUUCAGAUAUUCGGAAUUGCUGCUCCUGUGUUCGUGACAAUGUUUUCAAAGGUUGCUUUCUACUCUCUCAUUACAUAUUUCGCUACAGCUAUGGGAACCAAUACAGUUGCUGCUCACCAGGUCAUGAUUCAAAUGUACGGAAUGUGUGUGGUGUGGGGUGAGCCUCUUUCUCAAACAGCUCAGUCAUUCAUGCCCGAGUUGAUGUACGGAAAAAAUCGGAGCUUAGAGAAGGCCCGGAUGCUCCUGAAAUCUCUCAUGAUUAUUGGAGCUAUUCUUGGAUUGGUCAUAUCUGCUAUAGGAGCUUCCGUCCCUGGUCUCUUCCCAAAUAUUUUCACAUCGGAUCCAAACGUCAUACAAGAGAUGCACAAGGUCUUGCUUUUCUUCUUCAUCGCCCUAUCUGCAACUCCAUGUACUCAUAGCCUCGAGGGAACAUUGCUGGCAGGACGGGACUUCAAGUUUGUUAGCUUAGCAAUGAGUGGAUGCUUCUGCCUCGGUGCCCUUCUCCUUUACCUCGUAAGCAGCAGAGGAUUUGGAUUGCCAGGCUGCUGGUGUGCACUCGUUGGGUUCCAAUGGGCUCGAUUCUUCCUUGCACUCAAGCGCCUCCUCGCUCCAACCGGCAUGCUGUACUGCGAAAGCCCGAGCCAGCAUCAAGUUGGGAAGUUGAAAGCUGCUUGAUUGGGAGUAUGCAAUCGAAAAAUUCAAAGGAAACUUCUGAGAGAUGGCGUUUUCAAAUGCAUAUCUAAAGCUUCCGCCAGUGGCAUCUCCUCCCUGCGUUUACAUUUAUGGGCUUCUCAUUCUUUGAUGCCUCAAUUGGGCAAAGGGCACAUUUGCUAAGUUACAAAAAAUUUAGAUGCAAUUUUUUACCCCAAAAAAAAAAUGUAAUUUCAUAGAUUUAGCUGGUCUAUAUGUUAUUGUGUCAACAGAAUCACUAUUCGCUAGGGAUUUUUGGAGAAAAUAGGUUAUCUGCAAUUCUUGAUUGUAAUAAAGAAUCGCUUAUUUAAACAUGAAGGCCGUGCCUCUGGAUAAAUAAAGCAAUUGUAACUCCAAA